GCUAUCCACUUCCCAAUAUUCCUCCUAACAAUGGCUUCAACAAUUCCUUUAUCUCUCUUCUUAGCUUUGCUUUUUUUCUUCAGUCCCUCCAUAGCCCAACCCGUUAAACGUAGAGCUCUUCUUCCAGUAACCAAAGAUGCAGCCACUAAACAGUAUAUCACUGUUAUUAGCCAAAGAACUCCUCUUGUACCCGUCAAACUAACUGUUGAUCUUGGCGGACGUUUCUUAUGGGUGGACUGUCAAGAUAACUAUGUUAGUUCAACAUUGACACCAGUCAUUUGUGAUUCCAUGUUCUGUAGACUUUCUCAAGCUGGUGCAUGUUCUGGUAAUUGCACUGGCUCAUCACCACUACAUCCUAAUAAAGAUUGCUUUUGCUCACAUCUUGCAUAUAACCCUUUUUCUCGCACCAGCACUGGUACCGAGCUCAAUGAAGAUGUUAUCACUCUCCAAGAUACAAACGGAUCGACACUCGGCCCAUUUCUCAAGCCCGGUAAGGUUGUUUUUGGUUGUGCGGAUGCUUCAAUACUUAAAAGUUUAGCAAAGGGAGUUAAGGGAAUAGCUGGACUUGGAAAUGGCUAUGUAUCAAUUCCUUAUCAACUAAUUUAUCGUUUCUCUAGACCCCGAAAAAUUGGUCUUUGUUUGAGCUCCUCAACAACUUCUCCUGGAGUUAUAUUUUUCGGUUAUCCAGAACCAUAUAAUUUCCUUCCUGGCAUUGAUGUAUCCAAAAACCUUCUGUACACACCUCUUCUUACAAACCCUAUUAGUACUGCUGGAUCAUAUUUUGGAGGGGAGACAUCAACGGACUAUUUUAUUGGAGUUAAAUCUAUUAAAGUUAAUGGUGAGUUGGUCCUUAUAAAUAACUUAUUAUUGCAAAUAAACAAGGAAACUGGAAAAGGGGGAACAAAAAUUAGUACAGUUGAUCCUUACACUGUGUUAGAGACUUCAAUUUACAAGGCAUUAGUUAAGGCAUUUACACAUGCACUAACUAUUCCUAGAGUUAAAAAAGUAGCACCAUUUGAGAUGUGUUACAAAAGGACUAGCUUACCUAGUACAAGAGUUGGACCUGGAGUUCCAACUAUUGAAUUUGUUUUACAAGGUAAAAAAAGUACUGAGACACCUUCGUUCCUUAUCUAUGGAGCCAACUCAAUGGUGGCUGUGACAGAUGAAGUGCUUUGUUUAGGAUUUGUGAAUGGUGGAGAAGAUCAGACCACCUCGAUUGUAAUAGGAGGACAUCAAAUUGAGGAGAACUUGGUGCAAAUUGACAUUGAUAAUAAGAGGGUUGGUUUCAGCAAUUCACUCUUAUUCAGGCAAACUACAUGUGCCAACUUCAAUUUUGGGUCGAAACAGGGUCAAGAGUUGGGAGGAUUGGAGAUUAUGUAAACUGUCGUGUCAUUUAGUUCGUUGUGUUGUAGUAGGACAUCUUUGUCCAAGUCAAUGUUGUUUUUGAAGUUUAUUGUCCGCUUGAAUAAUAAUGUUGCUGUUAUCCCAUAUCUAUAUAUAUGAUGGAGAAUAUGGCAGCUUCUUUUAAA